AUCCCUCAGGGAUAUCACCAACCACGGCGCGUAGGGUGGAAAUAAAAUCUUCCUGAGCAUGUGUUCGCUCAAAAGGGGCUAGGUCGUGACUGAUCAAUUUACUAACUGUAACCCCCACUCGUCUCCCUACCAUCCGGUCUCGGGAUCAUGUCGACCACGAGGUCUCCAUGGGCGUAAUCUCAGACACUGUCGUGCGCGACGUCUGCGGAGCUAGCCGAACCCGGGAGCCGCAUAUACUGCUAUCAUGGUCCUUGCAGCCCUCGAUAUUUAUUUGAGAGCUCUCUCUUGCAUACAACUUGCGUUUUUAUCUAUAUCUAUUUGAGAUCAAUGGCAAUUCUGGACAAGUCUCACGGCAUUAUGGAUGUUAACACGCCCAACAACACUAAGCUGCCUUCUUCGAUUGAGGAGGGACAGACUCCAGCUGACCCUACGAACGAGAAGACCACUACGUCUGGCUCGUUGGAAAAGGUAUCCGACUCAGAAGCCCAGGAAGACGAAAAGCCUAGCGAAGAUGCGCAGAAUGGUGUCAGGAAAAUAGAGGCCGUGACUCUGGCUUGGUCGAAGAAAUCGCUCGCUGGAGUUCUAAUACUUAUCUGGCUCGUCACCCUGGUCAACAACUUUAAAGCCACCGUUGUUGGCAGCUUAACUCCUUUUGCUACUAGCGAUUGGAAGUCUCAUUCGCUCUUAACGGUCAUUGACAUUGUUGCAAGUGCUAUGACUGCAGCAGUCUAUAUCCCUAUGGCUAAGCUGUUAGACGUCUGGGGUAGAGCUGAGGGUUUCCUUCUCAUGUUGUGCUUGUGCACUCUGGGUCUAAUUCUUAUGGCUGCAUCUAAGAAUCUUCCUACCUAUUGCGCUGCUCAGGUCUUCUACUCUGUCGGCUUCGGAGGCCUCGCUUACAGCUGGAAUGUCAUUGCCACAGAUGUUACGAACUUAAGAAAUCGAGGUUUGGCGUUUGCCUUCACCUCUUCCCCGGCCGUGAUCACGGCGUUCGCUGGAUCAAAAGCUGCUGAAGGCUUCUACAACAAUGUUAGCUGGCAAUGGGGAAUCGGCUGCUGGGCUAUCAUUUUCCCUUGCGUGGCUUUGCCCUUGUACUGGGUACUAAAUCACAAUCUUCGCAAAGCCGAAAAACAAGGAAUCAUUACCCAGGAGAAGAGUGGCCGAACUUUGCCACAACAGGUCUGGUAUGUCAUCAAGGAGUUCGACUUACCGGGUGUCAUCUUAUUUGCCAGUGGCCUCAUUUUAUUCCUGUUGCCAUUUACCCUGGCCGCCACCGCACCUAACGGAUGGAAGACCGGCUACAUUAUUGCCAUGAUCGUAGUAGGCAUUGUACUUCUAUGUCUUUUCGUUCUCCACCAGACUUACGUGGCUCCGACGCCAUUCCUCAAAUCUCGUUUCCUCCUUGACCGGACCGUCUUAGGGGCAUGCCUCUUGGAUGCCACCUACCAGAUAUCUUACUUUUGCUACGCCAGCUACUUCUCGUCCUUUCUGAUGGUUGUCAACAACCUAACGAUAUCAGAGGCUGGAUAUGUGUCCAACACCUUCAGCGCUGUUGCAUUUGUGUUCCUGUUUAUCACCGGUUACAUCAUCCGCGUCACAGGCCGCUUCAAGUGGAUCCUCUGGUUCUGCCUCCCGUUGUAUGUCUUCGCAUUGGGCCUAAUGAUUCAUUUCCGACAGCCAAACGGAUACAUUGGUUACAUCGUCAUGUGCGAGAUCUUCUUCUCUGUCUCUGGGGCCAUCUUCAUUCUCUGCGUCCAGCUGGCCGUUCUAGCCACCGUUGACCAUCAAUACGUCGCCUCGGUGCUCGCUUUCCUUUUCGUGAGUGGCACCAUUGGUGGUGCCAUAGGCAGUGCCGUCUCUGGAGCCAUCUGGACAAACACGUUCAAGAAGGCCCUUGAGCGGUAUCUACCAGAAUCUGCCCAGCCAGACUUGCAAGCCAUAUAUGAAAGUUUACCUGUGCAGCUCACCUAUAAGGUUGGAACCCCCGAACGACUUGCAAUCCAACAAGCCUACGGAUAUGCGCAGACGAGAAUGCUUGCUGCUGGUUGCGCCGUGAUGGUCUUGGGCUUUAUCGCGGUCGCUAUGAUUAGAGACAUCAAUGUCAAGAAGAUGUCCCAGACAAAGGGUACCGUGUUCUAAAUUCAUUGCGAUAUACUGUACCAAGCGAAGAGUAUAUUACAGUAAUUAUAGAUAUAGUAUGUAACGCGAGGGUUGAAGAUUUAAUUAAUCGGUUGAUUCCUCUCGUUAUGAAUAGUAUCGAACACCUUCGCAUGAAAGCCCUUCGUCCCCGUCGUCGCACUCGUAGGAUUGGCUGGAGUUAAUUAAAUGGGCUACUGCUGGAUUGAACCAACCAGACCACUCGGU